UGUUUGGCUGGUUUCUUGGCUUCUGAGGGAGGUUGUGAUGGCGGCCUGCUGCCAUGGCGCUUUCACAUGAAACCACUUCUGAACCUUGCGGUGGGUUUUGCUCUUGCGGAACCUGGCUGCUUCGAUGAGUACUACACCUAUUCUAUGUGUUGCAGCCCUUUAUUUGGAGCUGAAGGCAAUACCAAGUGUUGGUCAUCGAGUCUGACAUUUGAACGCUGCUGCACAGGAGCUGUUUUGGCUGUGCAAUCAGCCGGACGCCAUCUGCUGGCCAUGCAGGAUUAUGGCACUCCCAGGUUCCCCCCGCUUGGUGAAUGCCGCGGGUAUUCUUCGCUUUCUGGCGAAGUGGAUGAGUGCCAGGGUGCGACUCCCUGCAAGAUCGUGGAGCUGGGUACUCAGGACGGGCUCAACGUGAGGCGCUGGGCGCGGAAGUUUCCGAACGCCAGCAUCUACAGCCUGGAGCCCUUCGCUUCGGAGCGCGCGUGGCACGAGGCGGCGUUUCAGGCUGGGGAGCUCUCGCGGGAGAAGGUGCACUUCUUGCCCUAUGGCGCUUCGGACAAGGCGCAGAACGGCACGGCUGAGAGCAGGCGCGGGCAGGAAACGAUCGAGCUCCGGCCGAUCCGCGAUGUGCUGGACGAGAUCUUGGCCUUAGAGGGUCAUGUGAACUUCCUCUACGUCAACUGUGAGGGCUGCGAAUAUCCCGUGCUGCAGGCAGCGCUGCCUGUCUGGGAUCGCUGGAACAUCCCCUUGCUGAGCGUGGAGUGGCAUGCGGGCAUGCCGUGGCUCGGCCCCGAGCCCCUGCGCAAGAGCAGGCGCUGCGAGCUGGAGACGCAGCUGAAGCUGAAAGGCACUCUGCAGGCGGCGGUGGAAUCUCAGGAUGGUGUAAUGGAGACAUGGCGGAUGCAGGGCUGCGCUUGAGGCG